UCGCCGGCCCCGCCGCCCCGGGGCGCCAUCGGGACGACGCGGCCCCGCGCGGCGCGAGGAGGAGCCAUGGGCAAGUGCAGCGGUCGCUGUACGCUGGUCGCCUUCUGCUGCCUGCAGCUGGUGGCGGCACUCCAGCGGCAGAUCUUCGAUUUCCUGGGCUACCAGUGGGCCCCCAUCCUGGCCAACUUCCUGCACAUCAUGGCUGUCAUCCUGGGCAUCUUUGGCACCGUGCAGUAUCGGUCCCGGUAUCUCAUCCUGUACGCAGCCUGGCUGGUACUCUGGGUUGGCUGGAAUGCCUUCAUCAUCUGCUUCUACCUGGAAGUUGGACAGCUAUCCCAGGACCGGGACUUCAUCAUGACCUUCAACACAUCCCUGCAUCGCUCCUGGUGGAUGGAGAACGGGCCAGGCUGCCUGGUGACUCCGGUCCUGAACUCCCGCCUGGCCCUGGAGGACCAUCAUGUCAUCUCGGUCACUGGCUGCCUGCUGGAUUAUCCUUACAUUGAAGCCCUCAGUAGUGCCCUGCAGAUCUUCCUAGCCCUCUUCGGCUUCGUGUUUGCCUGUUAUGUGAGCAAAGUCUUCCUGGAAGAGGAGGACAGCUUUGACUUCAUCGGUGGCUUUGACUCCUACGGGUACCAAGCGCCGCAGAAGACGUCGCAUUUACAGCUGCAGCCUCUGUACACGUCCGGGUAGCUUCUGUCCGGUACCUAGCCAAGUACAGCUCCCUGGACCGCUGGAGCCUGAAGCAGCGCUGUCUGAAAGCUCGGAUCACGAUGGGCCGGCGCGCCCCCUGGCGGCGCUUAGGCUAACUGCAGCUUGUGCAGCCUCCUGGAUCUGCAGCCCCUGGAGCCCAUGUGGACUCAGACUUGACCUUGGACCUGACCCUAGCUCUAGCCGGAUUUCAGGCUAGGGGCAGGACGGGGCGGGGGGAGGGGGAAUCGCUGGGUUUGUAUUUUUUUUUUUUUUAUUCUCAGCCUUGGUACCUUCCGGGCUCUUCCUCUUUCUUCAACUCUACUCCUUACCUAGUAUCUCCCUCAGUCCAAACAGCAAGACAGACACUCACCCCAUCUCACCGCUCAUUUACCUGCUCUGGGGAAAGAUACUGUGAACUAGAAGCAGGAGUUCUGCCCUCAUCGGGCAGAGUCUUUGCUCUCUCCGGGCCUCAGUUUCCCCACAUCAAAUAAUUAAAAUGAUCCCUUAGCCGAUGAUGCUUCUAGUACACUCGUUUGACUUUCAAUUCCCUGAGCUACACUGCAGAUGUGGAAACUAAGGCCCAGAGAUUUGAGGUGACUUGCUUGAAGCCACACAGUAGGGUUUCAGCAGAGGCAGGCUUUGAAUCUGGGGUACUCUAGUUUGAGACUCUCCAACCCGGUAUCUGGCCUCUGGCCUUGGUUUACAAGUCCCCCUUCUAGCCUGGACAUUCCAGAACACUCACACAUCACCACCAUCACCACGCACCAACUCCACUCUUAAAGCAAUAUAUACCAGUUCAUUCUCUUGGGAGCCAGACAGACAGAGCCUAAAGCCUUGAGUUCAGCCUGACCCCCAGGAAGCCUUUGUAGACUCAGCCUGCUCCUCUUUGGCAAGCUUUGAAACCUCGUCCUCCAGGAAAGCUGAACCGCCACUCCUCCACCAGGUCCCUAAGCCUGGGUCCCUGUCCCAUGAGCCCUUCCUUCCAAGCAAUCCAACAACCCUCGAUUCUUCCACCUACUUCACCAUUGUGGUCCCCUAGGGGAAGGAGAUGGUGUUCAGAAGCAAGCCUGGGGAUACAAAGGGGCAGAAUGGGGGGAGGGUGACUAUGGUCAGGAGGACCAGAAUCCCACCCUUCCCGAGGACAAGCGGAGAGGGCUCUUCUUCAUCUUCCUCCUCCACAGAUGCCCUGAGGACUCCAUGUUCUCAAUAGUGCUUGGCGACUUCUGUACAGAGAGAAAACAGGCAUCAGUGCCUCCAGUCUGUGAAGCAGAAGCAAUAGGACGGGCAACUAAGAUGCAGGGGGACCUAGCAGGGAGCUUGCGCGGUGGAGAUGGUUCGCACCACACUGUGGCGAACACAUCGCUCUCCAGGCUUUUCUGAGCUAGAGUGGCAAGCCCACUCCACAACUCCAUCCAGGCCCAGGAGCUCCUCUGGCCAUCAGGGUCCCUGGGUGGUGAGCCUAAUCAGAGGGCAACAAGUUUCCUUUAGGCCAAGCUACCUCUUGCCACCAGGCCACCUCCCACCAGCAACGCCCACUUCUCCCAUCCCUUCCCACAGGCUCCUGGUUCUACUCAAGGGUUUACCACGGAUGCUCUGACGCCUUUUGGUUUAUAAGCUGGGUUUUGCAGGGGGUCUGGGUUUGCUCCUCAAUGAGACCUUGUGGGCCUGGUAUCCAUGCAGGUUGGUUGAUUAAAAAAAAAAAAUGUGUUUUCUUCACUGUGUACCUGUCUUGCCCUCUUGGUCAGAAAGAUCUCUGAAGGGGAAAAGCCCCUGCCAAAAAAAAAACAAAAACAAAACAAAACAAAAAAAAAAAAAACAAAAAACAAAUGGGCAAAACUGAGUGGUUAUUUCAUUUUUAACGUAUAUACCUACAUUGAGUGUGUUUCUUUGAGACAGAGUCUCGCUAUGUAGUCCUGACUGAUCCAGAACUCACCAUGUAGACCAGGGUGGCCUUGAACUCAUAGAAAUCUUGCCCAGCACUCUGAGGUGCUUGGAUUAAAGAUGUGAGCUACUGCACUUGGCCCUCCUUUUGAAACUAUCUUAUUUACAAUCGUUUGUUUGGGGGGUAGGGGGGCAUGCAUGCCACAGUGUUUUGUUGGAGGGUGGAGGACAGCUUUGUGAUGUUUCUUCUCUGCAUCCACCUUUUAUUCCUCUACUGUAUUUAUUUGUGUGUGGUAUGGGUUAGGGGUUGAACUCACAUGACAGAGAGUGCAUGUGAACUCAGAACCAUUUGCUGGGAUCAGUUUUCUUCUACCAUGUGAGUCCCGGGUAUUGAACUCAGAUCCCGAGGCUUACUUUUACUUAGCAAGUGCCUUUACCACUGAGGCAACUCUGUGUGUGUGUGUGUGUGUGUGUGUAGGUUUCACUCUGCAGCCCAGUCUGUUAUUGAAUUUGUAAUCUUCCUGCUUUACCCCCUCAAUGUUGGGUUGCUAGUGGGCACCACCAUGCCUAGCCUUUAUUAUGUACUUCUGAAGCCCUGGCUUGUGCCUUAGACUGGCAUUAUGGCUUUGGGCAAGCCACUGACUUUUCCUUCCUCAAAAUAGCGCAGAGGCUGCUGCAGUAGUGGUGCAUACCUCUAGUUCCAAGACCUGGAGGCAGAAAAAGGUAGAGCUUUAGAAUUUGCAGCCAGCCUGGUCUACAGAGUGAGUUCCAGAACAGCAGGGGCUACACAGAGAAACCUGAGGGGAGAGAAGGGGGGUGAGAAAUGCAAAAUGGUCUGUGUUUUAUUUGCUCUUUCUGAUGAUGUUUCUGGGUUUCUCGCAUCUUAAGCCCUUCUCUCUUCUUGACAACUGAGUUCCUGGUUUUGAAUGAUCUGUGUCUUGGUUACUGUUUUAGUGCUGGGAAGAGACACCGUGACCACAGGAACUUAUAAAAGACAGCAUUUAAUUGGGGGCUUGCUUACCGAUUCAGAGCAUGGCCAUCCCAUCACAGCCGGGAGCAUGUUGGCAGACAGGCAGGCAGGUAUGACACUGGAGUCUGAGAGCUUACAUCUGAUCUAGAAACUGCAGGCAGAGAGUGAGAUCGGGCCUGGUGUGGACUUUUGAUACCUCAAAGCUCACCCCUAGGGACAUGCCUCCUCCAACAAAACCACACCUCCUAAUCUUUCCCAAACAGUCCACCUACUGAGAACCAGCAUUCAAAUAAAUGAGCCUGUGGGGGCUGCUCUCACCCAGACCACAAGCGAGCAGACAGUGCGGCGUUCUGCGUGGAUUCCUCCCGCCUACCUGGACAUUCUGGAUCAUUCUGUCAACCUUGCUCAAGAACCAGUAUUUCCGCUUGACUUUGAAUCUUAGAAUCCACUUAAUUAAUUAAGUUAAAUAAAUAAAGUCAAAGAAGUCUA